AUGAAGUCUGAGUCUCUGACCAUAUUAUAUUAUCGUAUACAUCAGGCCAUGGAGGCAAAUACUGUGCGCAAUGAAGAUGAGGUUGAAGAAGAAUAUGUAUUGCUUGAUCUUGAUUCUGCUUACUCGCAGUUUGACAUUCCACCAAACGCACCCUAUGUUCUUUCGGGUUUGAACUCAGAGCAUCCUGUAUUGACUAUAGGUGACAAAUUGAACUUGAUUGGAGAAUAUCAUGAAACGGUUGGGACAUGCCUUAUUUUUAAAGAAGAAGUUGCUAGCCCUGUGGUUCAUGAAGAAACGGGACCAUCAGAAGCAAACCUUUUUGCUGGCAAAUGCAUAGUGGAUCCAAACCAACCUCAAAGCAAGCAAGUAAAACCAGUUACGAGCCUGCACCGGAUUAUAAAAUUUAGAUUGGCACCCAAUGUUGACUCUGAUGAUGCAUCUAAACAGACUCCGGAUCAGGUGCAACAUACAGUGCAUUCAAUGGGGAAUGACCAACAUGAGAAUCCAUAG